UGAUGUCAAGGAUCCAAUCGUGUUGGAACUUUUACAAGAGCAAACAAACAAAAUUAAUAUGUUAAUGCUCGCUGUUUACUAAUCCACUUAUUUAGUUUAGAUAUGUUAUUGCAAUACUAAGAGAAAACUCAAGAUAUGAAUCCAUUAUUAUUGUUAUUGGGUUGCCUGUUGGCACUGCAGGGAUGUUACGCCCCACCUGUAACCCAAAAUAAACAACAGGAGGCUGAUUCUGAUGAAAAGAACUUGGAGGACUAUAUGGAAUAUCACAGAUACCUCAAAGAAGUGGUAAAUGCAUUGGAAUCUGAUGCAGACUUUAGAAAAAAACUGGAGAAGGCUGAAGAAGCUGAUAUAAAAUCAGGUAAAAUUGCCGAAGAACUAGAAUUUGUUUCUCAUCAUGUUAGAACCAAACUGGAUGAAAUCAAAAGAGUCGAAUUACAAAGACUGAAGGAGCUGAUGGAGCAAAAAAAGAAAUUGUUAGACACAAACUCCAUUGAUGCUGAUGAUCCCAUGCAUCAUCAUUUGGAUCAUUCCAAUCCACACACUUUUGAAGUGGAGGAUCUGAAAAAGUUAAUUGCAAAGACAACCUCUGAUCUUGCUGAAGCUGACCGAAAAAGACGUGAGGAAUUCAAACAAUAUGAAAUGCAAAAAGAGUUUGAAAAGCAAGACAAGUUAAAUCACACAGUUGGAGAGGAACAUGAGAAACUGGAGAAGGAAUAUAAGGAAAAAGAAGAGAAACAUAAAAAACACGAAAAAUUGCAUGAGCCUGGCCACAAAGCGCAGUUGGAGGAAGUUUGGGAGGAGCAGGACCAAAUGCAGCAAGAUUUUGACCCAAAAACAUUUUUCAUGCUACAUGAUCUUGAUGGUAAUGGCCUUUGGGACCAGGAUGAAGUAAAGGCACUAUUCAUUAAAGAACUGGAAAAGAUGUAUGAGCAGGGUCAUCCCGAGGACGAUAUGCGAGAAAAAGCUGAAGAGAUGGAGCGAAUGCGAGAAUCUGUUUUCAGAGAAAUCGACAAGAACCGCGACAUGUUCAUUGAUUAUGAAGAGUUCUUGGCACAGACCAAGUCUAAUGAAUUCAACCAGGACAAUGGAUGGCAGGGUCUGGAUGAGCAGAAACCAUACACUGAUGAAGAGUUGCAGGAGUACAUUAGGCAGCACCAACUCAACCAAAUUCCACAAGGAUACCAGGGGUAUCCUCCACAAGGUUAUCCAAAUCCUAAUUUCCACCCAGCAGUGGGCUAUCAGGCUGCACCACCUGCAGGCUAUGCACAACCUCCUCCUUAUCAUCCUAAUGCAGUUCCACAAGCUGGAGAGUUCCACCCCGGUCAAAUACCGCAUCAGCCUCCACAACAAUUACCUCCACAUGUUGUACAACAGCAAGCUUAUCAACAACAACAACACUACCAGCAACAGCAAGCUUAUCAACAACAACAACAACAACAGCAAUACCAACAACAGCAGCAGCAAUAUCAGCAGGCUCCUCCACAACAGCAACGUCAACCACCACCACCACCACAACAGUAUCAACAACAACCACCCCCUCAACAAAAUCAACAAACACAACCACAACAAAAUCAACAGAUACCGUCUCAACAAAAUCAGCAAGUAAAUCAAGUUCAGCCUCAAGGUAAUGCCCCCCCACCAGCAGUCCAAGUGCAACAAGGGUAUCAGCAGCAACAGGCCCCUCAACAACAACAACAACAACAGCAACAACAAGGGUACCAACAACCCGUCCAAAAUCAACAAGGGGGGCAUCAUCCGCAAGCGCAGGCGCAACAGGUGAAUCAACAGCAGGCUAACGUUCAACCUGCACAGAAUCAAAACGUCCCACAGCAAGGUGGUGCGCCUCCUCAAGUUAAUCGUGUAUAAUGUACAUGUUCAGCAUUUAUGAUUUGCAAAUAAAGGUGCAUUUAUA